CUUCACUUGGUUUGGGUUAUGACUGCUUGAUCGAUGGCCCCUUGCCGACUUACCUGUUUGCUUGGCCUGCGCAAUGAUCUUCUUUCAAGUUCAUGCACAUGCUCAUCUCUUUGAUUCUUGACUUAGUACCUGGUAGAGCUGCUUAGAUGCAUAAAGAUGUGCUCUAGAGUGCUCGAGCGGUCCUGAAUCUCAUCCGACCAUAUUGCUGGCUACCAAUUAGUCACUGUUGUUACACAACACAUACUCUCACUAUAUACAUGCGCUCGAAGCUGCAGUCAUCCUUUUUCAAUCGAGGACAAUCCUAGUCUCCCAUCAACUAUUUCUCGAGUCACAGUCGGCCACUGGUGAUGAUAAAUCUUCACGGGCAAUGAGCAUUGGCAUGAAUCUCCCCGCGAGAGACACUAUAUUGCGGCCGAGAUGGACAGCAGUGAAAAAGGACAUACCAAAAGACAGCGCAGGUCUUCUCUCUCACAGCAGCUACAACGGGUCUUCCAUUUGGAUAAACAUGUGAAUAAGGAAAGGCGCAGGCGAUCGUCGGAUGCGAUAGAGGCUCAAACCAUAAGGACCCCCGGGCAAGAGCGAGAGGGGACACAGCAGACAGACCAGGUUGGCCUAGGCGGCAGUACAAGUCGAUCCGCAUCAUUCAUAAGAACAAAUGAAGAUGUCGGUUCACGUAUAGCCCAAGGUCCAACCUUUCCGGGUUUGGUUGACAAUGAGCUCGUGAAGUCAUCAGCACACACUAUCAGCCAGGGAACAUUGCAACUGUCCGACUCAUCCUCCCUCAUGGAUAUGUCUUCUGGCAAGCACGGGUCAUUCAGCCCCGCUACUUCGAUCAACAAGGCGACGGACAGGAAUGAAAGAAGGGCUACAAGGCGCCUAGAAGCAGAAAGGUUGGAGCUUGAGAAGAGGUUUCUUAACCUCGAAAAGAGCGAGCAACGCCAUGGGAUAAGCCAACAGCAGAAAGAGUCCCGGCGCCUUACCAAAAAACAACCUAUAAGAAGCUCAAGUAGGGCAUCGAGUGUGAGUGAAGAUGAGUCUCGCCCAUCACGCCGAUUCUCUUCUCUCUUCUCAAGUUCGAGGCGAGGUUCCCGGUCACGUUCAAAUUCCCUAAGCAGAAGUGACGGAGAUUAUCCAACUAAACUACCAGCUGACGCCGAAAAAUCACACUCUGGACUGCACUCGGGACCGCACGCAGCUCGAUCUCACAUUGCCGUGAAGAUGCCUAAUCGCUUCGGCGCCGUGAUAUCUAAAGAGCUCUCCAUCAACAACGCGCUGGCCCCAUACCAACCUGAGCCUGCGCCCAUGCGGGAGCUAAUGCCGGCGAAUCCUACCAGUACAGAAUCUAAGGCAAAUGAUUCUACCGGGCCUGAUCCUCGCAGUAUCGAACACAAUUUGUCGCACGAACAAAGCCCUGUACAAGACCACCUCGUUACCAUCGACAGUAACGCGCCAAGGGUAGCAUCGAAAGCCCCUAGUCUUCCUGUCCCUACAGACCUGGACCGCUUGUCCUUCGCAGCAACCCUCAACCUUAAAAGUAGGGAGUCUGGCAACGUGAGGUUAUCUGGACAUCGUCGGUCAUCGACGGUGUCUUCCCCGGAACUGCUGAAUAAACGGGAAAAGCAUGCUCGCGGUAGCUACAAAAGCACUCGCAUAGCUCAGGUGGCAGCUGAUGGUGGAAAAACUUCAAGUUCACUAGGACUGUCAUCGACUAACUUACAAGCCAAUUCGUUGAGGGCUGCACCGAACAGAACUUCCACGGACCGUUAUUUUCAGAGACCGUAUAAGAGCUACAUUUCAUCACCCCUUACAGUGGCCUCAACUGUGGACAGCAGAUCCAAGCUGUCUUCAAAUGCUAAGGAGACUUCAAACACAACAACUUUGCAAGCUCCUAUCGAAGAUAAAUCAAACCCCAUGGAUUCUAUCAAGGCUAUAGAUCCCAAGUAUAAGCGGACACAUCCAGAUGUUACAAGGCGUCUAUCCGGGAGAUACGAGGAUAAAGGCGAAGGAGACCUUGCACAGCCUCACAGUAUCGUUGGGAACCCGCAGGAGCGCUCUGUUGUUGGCUACACGUGGGCUAGUCACCAUCUCCAAACACCUUUGAGCAAGUGCAUUCUUACAAACCAAGAUGAAGCUCAUGCAGUGACAUGCCGAGAGCCUGGAGUCGAGAAGUCGGAUUCUCGGACUCACAACACAAAUGGCAGCCUAACUGAUUUAAUCGUCUACCAGGCGAAGCAUGCAGGUCGGGACGGACACCUAGAAUCUCAAGGUACUCCACCGCGUUAUAGAACUCAAGCUUGUCAAAACCUAGCCCAGAGCUUUCAGGGUGCUCCUAGGAUGCAGAGACCUGAAGCCUGUCAUAUGCCUUAUGAGAGCAAGCUUACACAACGGAGAGGUUCAAUUUCGUCAAUAUCCGCAUCCUCUGAAGAGCCACGAUCAGAAGAUUACAACACUGCGGACGAAGCCUGCUCAUCUGUUUCGCUUCCUCGACAGGAUGGCAUUGCCCCAGCCAGCUUUCCUCACACUGAUGACACUGUACCAAGUACAUUGGACAAUAAUGACAACGAUGUGUCGCUCAGUGUGGGAGCUUCAACCUCCGAUUUAUGCAACAUGCCGGAAGGGCGAAUGAACGGACGCAUUGAGCAAUUGAAAAAUGUACAGACAGUCGGCCCGUUUAAAAUGCUCUUUGUCAUCUGCUGUCACUGCGGCCAUUGGCACGAUCUGCCAUCGAAAAUGCAUGCGAAAUUCACUUCGCCGAGCACAUCUUCAGUCGCCAAAGAGCAUAAGCUCUCCACUGACAAGGGUGAACCACGUGCUGGCCAAGAAUGUAUUGAUUCAAAAAUACGCAAAAAUAGUUUUUCAGGACAGUGUGCCGAUUCAUCAAGUACCAAGUCUCCUGCCUCUGCCGCAAGGUCUCAAUCUCCGACUACGGUGCAGUGCUGCUGGUGUAAUCAUCGCAUGGAUAGGUCAUGUUGCCAGGGAUGGACAACCAUGAUUCGCAUGUGUGAAAGGCAUCACUAGCAGUGUGCCAGAGAAAUUGUCGUCUGUAUGGUGACCGGGAGUGAUUGUGAAUUCUACUGUGGAAGUGGCCAUUGGGGUGGAAACAUGCAUUGCAGUUAUGGUUGGCUUAUUAGAACGCACUCCAGCUUUGCUGGGGGAUAUAUUCUUGGAUUCCGGACGAGGAAAUGGUG